AUGCGUCUUGGAGAUUUUUCACUUGAAGUUCUUAUUGAAAAUAAAGUACUUCCGGAAUAUGAAAUACCAAUAGAUGAUGAUACCAAGUUGAUAUCGUAUUCUCAAGAAUCUAUUAAUAAAAGAAUGGCUCUAAAAAAAGAAAGUAAAAAUGUGACUUAUGUUUUAGUUCCGGAGUCUACCUGUCAUUUUGCUAUUAGAGUUGGAGUACAUUCUACAAAAGAUCCAGACUUGUUUAAAGGGAUACACAUUGUUGAUGGAAAAAAUGAUAAUACACAUAUGAAAAUUGAUCCUAUGGACGAUGAAACAUAUACCUAUAUGUAUGGGUUUUACAAUCAUAACAAAUCAGUCUUUCAUUUAUUUAAAUUUGAACCAGCAAAUUGGAUGGAUGAUAAUGUUUACGUAUCAAAUAUACCAAGAAUUGCUCAAUCAAAAAUCACAAAAAAUAAAGGUCGUUUAGGAGCUAUUUCCGUAUAUAUUUAUAAAGCUGAAAAGAUACCAGAAAAAAGGACUAGUUCGAAAACUAAUCAUAAUCAAGAACGACAUACAACUUGUUUGGAAGAUCUCGAUUUUGAUCCUGCUGAUAUAAUUUUUACUCCUAAACAAGAUGAACCAUUUAUCAAUUUGAAAACUCUUCAUCCUCAUCCAGUUGCAAGAUUACAUGUUCAUUAUCAAACAAAACAAUGGUUUCAUAAUCAUUAUAAAUCUAAAGGAUUACCGAUCCCCAAAACUUUAUUACUUUCUCACAACAAUUUAAUUGAAGAAAAUAUUGAUGAAGUAAAUGAAUGUCGGAAUGAAGAAUUGAUUGAAAGUGAAAAACAAUUAUCAUCAUCAAAUAGUGAUACUGAACAAGAAGAAAAAGAUUUUUUAUCUUCAGAUGAUUAUAUUAUUAAACAAGAAAAGUUGGAUUCUUUAUCGAUAGAUAAUGAUAAUAAAAAAGAAAAAGAAGAUAUAACAUCAUUAACAUUAUUAUCAAAUAAUAAUAAUUACAAAGAAAAAAUGAAAAAAAUUAUAAUUCCUAACAAUAAUCAUAACGAUUUAAAUAAUAUAGAUAACAUCUUAAUUUUAAAUGAUGACAAUGUUAAAGAUUAUAAUUCUGAAAAAAUAGUAAUUCAUGAUAAUGGCUUUAAAGAUAUGAUUAUUAGUGAUAAUCUUAAUAAUACCACAUAUAAUCAUUCUAACAUAGAAAAUUCAGUUGACGAUCAAAAUUUAUAUAAUCAAAACAGUAAUGUCAAUAAUAUAGAAAAUGAAACAGAUCAUAACAAAUUUUUUACUGUAAAUAACAAUAUUGAUGAUAAUAAUAAGACCAAUAAUGAAAAGCUUGAUAAACAAGCUAAUAUUAACGGAAAUGAUUCUAGAAAUGAAAUUAAUAACACAGAUUUUAAUAUGGAAACUCAAAUAGAUGAAAAAAUUGAUGAAUUUGAAUCAAAUAGAGAGAAUAUUAAUGAAAGCAUAUACCGUGAAAACAAAAAUCUUGAUGAAGAAGUUGAAGAGAUCUUUAUUGCAGAAAAUAUUUCUACAGAAGAAAACAUUAUCAAUUUGAAAAGAUGUUGA